AGCAAAUAUUGAUUUGAAAAAAGUAUGAUCAAAUUUUUUCCUAUUCGUUAAAUUCGAGUUGAAAUUUUUCCAUGGCGUAUACAAAUGCAUGCCGCCUCCAUUUCAAAUCAAUUGGGCCGCAUUACCAAACGGUAAGUGUGGCGUAUGUUUUUGUGUGAACUGUUAACAUAUCCGUUACAUAGCAAUGACAGUGUUGUCCAUAGCAACGGCGCGAGCAAUAACAAAACAAUCCAAAAUUUGUAAACAAACGUGUGAAUGAAAUGUUGUGUGUAUCGUGAAUAAUUUUUUUGUUUUGUUUGAAAGAUGAUGAUAAAGUGUGUUUAUUGCUGAAAAAGUGAAAUAUUUUGCAUUUUGAGUGAUGUUGUCGUCUGCACCAAAGAGUCGUCGCCGUCGUCGUCGUCGUCACAAGCGUUCGGUACAAGCUCAAAAUACUGUCGAUUCGAAUAAUUUGUAUGUGGACGACGAUGAGUCUGUGGAUGAUAAACUCGAGUACAACGACAAAGAGGCCACCUUUUCACCUCGAGUCAAUUCAAAGUUCAUUAACGAAGAUGUGGAAAUCGAAACGGCAAUGUUGCUCAAGCAUUUGACCAAAGACUCGGAAUUUGCGCUGAAAAAGGAACGAGCGAUUGAGUUUUUCACAUCAAAUUUGUCGUUGGAUGAAGCCAAGGUGGAACGCGUUUCCGAACCAAAUAACGAUGAUCAAAUAGAGAUUAUGCCAUCGCCAGAAACGACGGCCGAAAACUAUCAAGAUGGACCACAAUUAGCGUUGUCCUACCUACAUGAUGAGCUUGAGCUCAAAACGGUCGUGGUGCCAUUUGACCAAAAGGUCAUCGCUUCAUUCGAUGAACAACAGUUUUAUUAUCCCGAAUUGGCACUGCCAAAGCAACUUCCAGCAGAUGUGGAAUCAUCAGCGGGCCAGGUACCAAUUGUGCGAAAUGUCAUCGAAGAAGGGUAUUUUGUGAAACCAAAACCGAAGAUUCUAGACAUGAAUCGUGCGCUUUUUAUCAAUCGCCUGUUGGAAGAGGGAGCAUUGAAUUGGUUUGACUUUAGCCAGAAAGACAUUAAAUACCUUUUCGAUAUGGCAUUGAGUCGAAAAGCCAUCAAAACAUUUUGCGCCGAAAAAUUCCAUCCCAUCGACUAUCCACCGACGAGCGUUUGCCUCGAAUUGGACGCAUUCUCGGUGCAAGAUCGCAUUUUAAAGGUUCACAUCAAACACAUUUACUUCGAUAUACACCCAACGUUCAACAACGAACAACGGAUCGCUCGAGAGCUUGAGUCGUUGUACGACGAAUAUGUGACAAUUAAACAGAAUAAUAUUUUAUCGAAAAUCGAAACGAAAUUGAAAAUUCUACGGCAACUCCUCGAAACGGUGUCGAAAAAUAAGCACCAAAAACAAUCGACGGUAGAUAGUUUACAAAUUCAUCGUGAUGAAUUGAAAGAAUUGCGCACGACUUGGCACACGGAAAGUGCACGCUAUCGCAAACUGAUGAAAACAAUUCUGGAAAAAUGGGCAGAGUUGAAGAAGAUAAGAGACGGGGUGACAGAGCCUGCCACUUCAUUGAAAUUGAUAAUUAAAGCGCAAGAAGCAGACGUGGAGAGAGACGAAUAUGAAUGGAGCGAACGAUUUGGAUUAGAAUUCAAGGAAAUGUUGGAUGAAGCAACGGAAUCGUAUAAAAAAUAUAAGGCACAACGCAAACGGAACAGUAAAAGAGGCUCAAAAUCAGAAGUUGAUAUUCAAAACUAUGAAGAUCAAGAGAAUGAACCGGUUGAGGUUGCUAAGCCCAAUGCAAGACAAAUUGAACAGCAAUUGUUGGACAUUUUUGCCGAUUCAAUGCGUCCGCCCGGCGAGAAAAUUAUCGAUUUUGAAAUGGAAAACUUCAACACCGCCACAAUUAAAAGUCCUCCGAAAUAUUUGAUUAAACUCAUUCUUGACGAUGGUCAAUUGGAUUUUCCCGAAAGUACAAAACUGAACAGCGUUGGACAGGCCAGCUUUAAUGCCGUUUAUUCCAUAAAAUUUACCACGAAAAUUUCGCAUCAACUUAAGUUUCUGAUCUUUGAAAAAACAAAUUUGGUCGUUCCAAAGCGGAUCGCUGAGGCUCACAGCCAAACGCCGAAUGAGGCCGAAAUAUUUGCCCCGACGGCGGUGUCACUCAUCGACUUUGAAAGUACAGCGGGACGAAAAUACGUUGGAAAAAUAGUGUGUUCGAUUGGUUGGGCAUCGUCCGAUGGAGAUGCGAAGCACUUGAAAUCAGUUGCACUACAGCCAUUGGCAAAACCAGCACCCAUCCAAGGAACGGUUGGUCAAUGGUUUUCAGAUCAGCUGAUUGAUCCAAUGGAUCCCGACAACAGUGCCCUCGCUUCUGCGAUGGAAAAAACACUUUCAACCGGUACCAAGAGCCCUAAAAAGGCCGAAACAAAGAAGAAUUUAUUCCGUUUAAACGAAGACUCGUAUGCAUUUUGUGAUCGUGAUAAACUGAAUGACAACAAACGCAUUGAGCUGUUGAAUGCCCGUUUCAAUAGUGAUUUGAAAUUGAAGGAUUGCAAACUGGUGCCGCAUAAUGAAGUUGAGAUUGAGAUUCCAGUAGAUUUAAAGAUAUUCGAAGAUAUGCUAUGGGUCGAUCCAAUUGAUGUGCAACGAUAUCAAGGCAAAAAGUAUUUGAAACACGUCUACGAUAUCAUCACCAACCAUUGUGAAGUGAUUAAUCGCAAUUAUGAACAUCGAGACCUUUUGAUCGGUGACACACCACCAACGCUUCAUGGUGCACUCGAAGCAUUUACGAACAUUUUCAGCCCACGGCGACCACUCAAUCCACACCGCAAAACACUCAUUCGCAAGUCAAACUUCCAUGAAGAUCGCGUCAAUCGCUUCAACAUCAUUGUGAACGUUGUUCGAGCCAGUGGAAUACCCUUUCGUAAUUCGAAUGACGUGAAUGUUAAUAGGAGAACCAGCUUGGGGUCAGCUAUGCAAAAUCUUCAUCGUCAUGCAAACGUGAGGCCAUUUGUAACGGCUAGUUUCCGUGACAAAACAUUGCGAACAUCAACAGUUGAUGGAUCCAGUCCAACUUGGAAUGAACAGAUUGUAAUUCCGAUCAACGAAAGUAUCAAUAGAAUCAAAGAUUCGCUAUGGUUUCACAUGUACGAUGAAAUAAUCGAAGAUUUGCCGUCAAACGACAAUAUGAUGACACCAACAUCUGAGAUUUAUCAAAAGAUUUCGAGUCAUUACUUGGGCGAAUUGUUGAUUCCAUUCAGCACGAUCUACGCUAGUCAACGGAUUGAAGGAACGUUCGAAAUGAGCACGCCACUAAUUCUGCUGGGCUAUACGAAGCCAGUGGUAAAUGUGUCAGACCAUAGUGCCGAAGCGAAUGGAGGUUUAAUCGAAACGCGUCAAUCGAUUUUAAUAUCUCUGCUCAUCAGCAUUGAGCCAAUCAUUGAAAUAACACAUUUUUCAACGUCUCAUCUCGAGUGUAUCGAAUUGACUGCCAUCAAAAAUCGAAUUGGUCUAUGGUUAUCCGAAAUAACCGAUGAAUUUCCCGACCGAGCUCAGGAUCCAUUAAUCAGUUUAGCAAAUGGGAAACGAGUUUGCAUCACACGUUUAAUUGGCCCAAUUGACAUUCCAUUCGAACGGAACGAAACGUCGGAGUAUAUGAUUCGUCGCUUUGUUUCCUUGAUCCCAGUUCGGCCGCACAAAAAUGUGUGCACUAAACUGAACGGCGUUUGGCUAACAAAUGAUCAAAUUCUGAACAUUCUCAUCGCAUCGCCAAAAGAUUUGGGUGUGUUGUUGACUUGUUUUUACUUGUCGCUCGGUUUCAACGCAUAUUUGGUGAUGGGAUUAGCGGUACCGUACGGCGACACCACGUUCGUACUGACGAAGGAAAACAAUGAAUACUUUCUGAUUGAUCCACAUUCGGGAAGGAAGUGCUCCAGUCGCGACACAUUUUGCGCCCUAACGAAAGUCUAUUGCAUUGCGAAUUCGAAGAAUUUGUGGGCGAAUAUUCAACGCGAGAACCGUGUGUUUAUGCAAAAUUUCGAUACAAGUCAAACGACCGAAUGGCGUGAGCUAUUCUCAAAAUCAACACCAGCACCAAAUGAUCUGGCACAUGAUCUCACACUUGCAUACACCGACAGUUUGGAUAGCAGCAACUUGAAGCACAGCAUCGAAACGAAAAUCAUGAAAAAGUUCCGCAGCUGGCGAAUGGAACGCAAAACGAUUUGGAACAAACGAUACACCGAGGUGAUGCUACAAAUUCUCCAGGAAUUAGAAGAAGAUCAAUGCUUUGGCGUCGAACAGAAAACCUACACCAAUAAAUUGUACGAGAGCACACAGUCAAAGUAUAAAAUGUGUGGCUAUCCGAUUAACAUGCCGUACGUUAGUAUCUCGAAAAUUAUUGAACGCGUCAAAGCCACCGAAAUCUACCUGAACUCCGAUCCAAGAGUUGAAUUCGCACUCACCGUCCAUAUUCAAUCGUACCCAAUGAACAUUUUCUCUGUGUGGAUUUUUGUACUGGCUCUCAUCCCAACGCCUUAAAUGUAUAUUAUAAAAGAAUGAGCAACAAUUUGUCUAAUGGAAGUUCAAGGUUAUUGAACGCUUUUCAUGCUUUGUAAAUUCAUUUUUGUCAUUUAGAUGUAGUACAUACUGGUCGAAAAUAAAAUCGUCUGGAAAAUUG